AUGGAAAGCCGUGGAUCUGUGGCAGCUUACGAAAGUUUCCCCAGUGUCCGCUCUUCAAAGUAUCAAAAGCUUCAGUCAACAAACGAGUACUCUGUACGCAUUUGGGAUAUGAAGGAUUCAUUUCAUUUUCCCCUGAAGAGAUCGAGCCUGUUUUCACCAAGACAUGGUCAGGCCUACCAUCCAAGAAUGUGGCAAAGUCAAAAUCAGUCGGGUAAAUUUUCCGGGAUGAGUAUGUUUACAGAAGGUUUAUCGCAUCAGUCGUUGCUAUUCUCACCGAAAAAGCAAAGGUGGCAAUCUGUGGAUGUAAGUUACCCAUAUCCAGCAUUGCCGUUCGUUUCGACUGCAGACCAAGCAUCUCUUUCUUGUCCUGGUGUAACUGCUUCCCCCUCCGAACGAGAGAAAAAGAGAACUUCAUUGGGAAGACCGACCGGCUCAUCUACGCAGGAACCAACACCCAUUAACAGUAGCAUCGCAAGCAGUUCAACAGAAGAAAAAAUGGCAUUUUUUGACAACGGUAUGCAAGAGAACAAAUCGGAACUGUACGCUGGUAAACGUACAAGGCAAGAUGAAGACGCGCUCCGAUCCAAAAUCAAAUGCAGCUUAGCUAAGAGAGAUGAAAGCUACUGGGAGCGAAGAAAGAAAAACAACCUUUCAGCUAAGAGGUCACGGGACGCGCGACGACUAAGAGAACAACAGACACAGCGUAGGGUUACUCUCCUUGAGGAGGAAAAUAUGUGUAUCCGCGCAAAGAUAAAUGCUUUGGAGAAUGAGAAUCGUCGUCUGAGGAGGAUAAUCAGUGGCCACGGAUAA